AUGAUUAUUUUACAAAAAAUAUUUUUACCUCUUUUCUUCAUCAGUAUUAUUCAAAUUGUUGUACAUGCAAAAUCAAUAGAUUUGAAUGAUAAUGAUGAUGCUUAUUAUGAUGGUGAUCAACAAGAUCCAGUUCAAGUUGAUCUAUUUCAAACAAUCGAUUGUUCAAUGCAAUGUUCACCACAUUGGACUGAACCUGUUAUACAACAAAAACAAACAUUAGUUUAUCCGACAUCUGCAUCGGUUUCAUUGAGAUGUCCAUAUGAAGCUAAACCAAAAGGAAAACUUACAUGGUAUAAAGAUGGACAAAUAUUUCGACCAGAAUUAUAUGAAUUGUUUUCAAUUGAUAAUCAAUAUUUAAAUAUUUCUAAAGCAACAAUGUAUGAAGCAGGAUUGUAUACAUGUAUUAUUGAAAAUAGUUUGGGAAAUUUAAGUCGAUCAUUUCAAUUAAUUAUUCAAGGACGUAGUCUUGAUCGACCAGUAUUUAUAUCAAAAUCAACAAAUUUAACACAAUAUGAAGGUGAUAAUAUAACAUUUGAAUGUUUAUUUUAUUCGGAUUCAAGUCCAUUUGUUCAAUGGUUUGUUCAAAGACGAUCAAUAAAAAAUAUCAAUACAACAGAUCAACAAAAUGAAUUAGAAUUUCUUAAGGAAUAUAAUCCACAUACGAUGUCAGAAGAUGAAGUUAAAUUAUUAACUAUUAAACAUUUACAACGAAGUGAUACAGGUACUUAUCUAUGUCGUGUCUUAAAUGAAUAUGGUUAUUCUGAUUUACUCCAUUAUCUUAAUGUUUUACCUGCAUCUGAACGACCUUCAUUAUUAAAAAGUAUUUCGACGAAUAAACGUCAUCAUAUAUAUAAUCGAUUUCCUGAUGAAAUUAUAAUAAUAAUCGUUUGUCUUAUUGGUGUAUUAUUAUUUGCAUUUAUAUUUUUUCUUAUUUACCAUUUUCGUAACGAAAAAGGUUUACGACAGACUUUAUUAGCAACACGUAUAUUAGCUACACGGGGUAUUAAUAAUUUAAAAACUAAUCAACUUUAUCGAAGUGAUAUUGAUCCAAAAACAAAACGAUCUUUAAUGGAUGAUGGUUGUCGUCGAUUUCCAACUGAAGGAACAAUAUCAACAAUUAUUUCAUCCUAUUAUGAUGAUCAAUGUGAAUUUCUUCGAGACAAUUUACAUGUUGGUCAUUUAAUUGGUAAAGGAGCAUUUGGUUUUGUUUAUCAAGGUAUAGCAAAAGGUAUUAAUUCAAAAGAAAAAGCAACAACAGUAGCAAUUAAAACUGUUCGAGAUGAUGCUACAUCAGAAGAAAUUGAAAAUUUACUUAAAGAAUUAUCAGUCAUGAAAAUGGUUGGUAAACAUAUUAAUAUUAUAUCAUUACUUGGUUGUUGUACAAAAGGAGGUCAAGUAAUGUUAAUUGUUGAAUAUGCUAAAUAUGAACAGUUAACAAUGGAGCCGUCAAAAGUUAAAGAACGUUAUCAAGCAUUGAAACAUCAAGGUCCAACACGAUCUUUAGCACGCUGUGAUUCGACUGAUCUCAUUCCACAAAUUAUUCCACAAAAUCAUAUCAAUGUGCAUAGUAAUAUAUGUUCAAAAGCACCAGAAGAUCUAUUCGACAAUCGUAGUACAUAUUUUAAUGGUAUUGAUGAUGAUGAUGAUUCGCAACAACCAGUAUCAGCACGAGUUUCUUCAGCAACUAUCACCAGACAAUUAUCUAGUACAAGUUUAAAUCAAUCGAGAAUAUCAUUAACAGAGAAUGGUCCACUUCGUAUUCGAUUUCGUCCUGUUGAUUUAUCUACCAUUUUACCCAUGAAAGAGAAUAAAACGAGAACUUAUGUGAAUGUAACAAAUUCAAAACAGAAAGAUUAUUUUAAUUUAUUAUCUGAUGAAUUAAUUUUAUCAAUUUUGAAAUACCUUCCUCGUGCAUCAUUAGCUGCUAUGACUCAAAUUUGUCGCCGAUUACGUUCUUUAACUUAUGAUCCAAGUUUAUGGUGUCGAAUAGAUAUGUCUCGAAAACAUAUCGAAACUUGUUAUUUACGUGAUGUUCUUUUACGUGGUACAAUUAUUCUUAAAAUGUAUCAAACAACUGUUCAUGGAAAUUCUAUUUAUUCACCAAAUCGAAAUACAUGGUUUACAAAACUUCAAUUUCUUGAUUUAACCCUUGCGACAAUUUCAACUGAUUGCUUGCUGAGUUUAAUAAGUGCUUGCCGAUCACUUCGUAAAAUUAGUCUAGAAACAUUAAUAUUGAAUUCAUUGAUAUUUGAAAAAUUAGCAUUAAAUCCACAGUUGGAUACAUUAAAUUUAACGAUGUGUAGUGGAAUGGAUCUUGAUUGUUGCUCAAUAUUAACGGGACAAAUGAGACAUUUACGAUAUUUAAAUUUGGGUUGGACACAAUUAAGUGAACAAUGUUUACAUUAUAUAUGUCGAACAAUUCAAGCAAGUAUUGAACAUUUAACAAUAACUGGUUUUCGACAAGCAAUGACUGAUGAAUGCGUUGAAAAUUUAACACGUCGUGCUGUUCGUCUACGUGUUCUUGAUUUAAGUGAUUCAAGUUUAAUUACUGAUAAAUCAGUAACGAGUGUUCUACGUAAUUGUCUUCAUUUAGAACAUAUUGCAUUUUCACGUUGUUAUGCAAUUGCACCUAUUACUUAUGCAUCAUUAAAACAAUUACGUCAUCUUAAUUCAUUGGAUAUAUUUGGUGUUGUUGAUCAACGUGGUUUAGAAAAAUUAAAUUCUUUACUUGGUUCAUCGAUUAGUUUAAAUCAACAACGUUUUUCUUAUGUUGCUCGACCUACUUAUGGUGUCCGUCGAACAGCAAUUUGGGGUCUACGAACACGUCCUUAA